AUGGAGGCGAUACAAACGGACUCCCUCUCCCCCAGGCCAGAUAUGCGACUCCGACCGAUUGCCACUAUGCGUCGUGUUGUAACCGAGCCAGCCAUUAUGCCAACGGAACGCGUCGCGACGUCCGCGCCAAGGACAGUUGUCGAAACACUCUAUAGCCACCCGGAAGCCAGAAUUGUUUCGUUCACUGCUUCAGUUCAUUGCCAAUCAGAUACUGCGGGAGAUAGUGCUCGAACACCAGAGGACGGAGGAGAUGCUGGCAAUUUAGCAUGGUGGUCCCCUCUAGAGCGAACCAUCGCAGUAGGCGCAUUUUGUGUAUACCGCGCCCCCGGCUCGGUUGCCUUUCUAAGUUGUGGAUCUGCUCUUCAACCUAUCCUACCUAAGAGUCAAUGCUGGCGCGUUGAUCAACAAAACUGCAAAUUCAUACUGCAAAUUCGGCGUCCUUACUAUUGGCGGAUUGAGCUGCCAGUAUCGAGUAUUGAGCAAAUGAAUAAGGCCCGGCAAUUCAAAGAUACUCUGGAAAAAGUCCUCUUAUUCGAGAAGACUAUAUGCCCUUUCCGCCGGACGUUUACGGUCGAACUUCCCGAAACACCGGAUGUUAAACUGAAGCCAUGGAGGCCUGCAAGGAACCAGAAGGCAUACUGCGACAAUUGUGAGCCACGGAGAAAGUGUUUAAAUAGUGAGGCCGCUGCAUUAUCAUCUACUCUGCCCGCUGUUGAACACCAUUAUGACUCUACGACCCCUUUAUGUGAACAACCAAUAACAAAGCUCUCCGAUACUACGAGUUCCCUCGUUAUGCCCAACAACGAACAGGCUAAAAGCACUCGCACCACUUCUUUCAAAUCAUGUGAACCAUCGACAGAAGCGAGCUUGUGUGAGCCGAGCACUAGUGCAGAGAACACGGUGAUGGCAUCCGUCUCCAAGGCCGCACAGCGGCUACACGAGUACAAACCUCAAUACAGCUCGCCACAUCUACUUACCGGUAGCGAUUUGGAUGGUCGUCAACCCCAGGGACAAAACGACACAGACACUCGUCAUAGGUUACAAUGGGAUAUAGCUACAUCUUCCCUUCCAACUCGGGUAGAACCGAAAGAUGUGGCGAGAAGUGAUGGAUUUUCGGUAUUUCUCGAGAAACAUGAAGGCCUCGAAAGCCAAGAUAAUUUGCAAAGACCUGAGCUUAGAUAUUUCCUGGGCUGUCGUGGCGGCCAUACAUUGACGCCGAAUGCUCUGGCACCGCAUCAGCCGUUCCAGGAUAAUGAAGUCACUGAAACAAUUUCUAGUGAGGAAUCGCUGGAUUCCUUUUACACUGCUCCGUCUAGCUUGGAUUCCGACGUAUUGCUCGUACAUAUCGCUGCCGAACAAUUACCUCGAAUGCCUGAAGCACAGUUACCGUCGAACUCAUCCUCUGAUGACAAGGAUCCAGAGGACCUGGAGGACAUUAAAAUCGAGCGCUCAACAAGUCCCUCGAGGCUCGAUAUGCAGGCAAAUGAAAUCAGAAGAAGAAUAUUGCCGAAGACGGCUGGCCCUCUAAAUUCCAAUCCGCUGGUGGAGUUGCAAAGCGACAGGGAACUAUUCAAUCCCGUAAGAGGAAGAUUGCGUACAUUAGGCAGCCUUCCCCGAGCUAUCGUGAGUAAGACCUACAACUUAUUGAUUGGCCCUCCUAGUCAUCUCGUUGCACUUAUGCUUAGGAUUGCGGCAAGAAUAUGCGCUGGCGAAUGGAAGGGUGAGGAUGUCGGCUUUGCAGCCAAUGGCCAUGCUAUUCCUGUCAGGUGGGAUUAUUCUCAUGGCGAACUCAGCAACGAAGAUUUCUUCUUCGAUGAGUAUGUGCUUGCAAGCCAGGCCAAUAAUAUUUCUUAG